AUGGCCACCGACGACGAGGACGGCGGUGCCGGAGUCAACACGCCGCCGGCUGACCCGCUGGAGCGGCGUAGGCGACCGGGCAGGGAACAGUGGUCAAACAAAACGGAUUUCCUGAUGUCGGUCAUAGGAUUCGCCGUGGACUUGGCCAACGUAUGGCGAUUUCCAUACCUGUGCUAUAAGAACGGCGGAGGGGCUUUUUUAAUACCUUAUUGUACCAUGCUGUUGGUUGGUGGAAUUCCUUUGUUCUAUAUGGAAUUAGCCCUCGGGCAAUUUUAUCAAACUGGGGCAAUAACAUGCUGGGGUAGGCUAGUUCCACUGUUCAAAGGCAUUGGUUACUCGGUCGUCUUGAUUGCGUUUUAUGUGGACUUCUAUUACAACGUAAUCAUAGCAUGGGCAUUACGAUUUUUUCUGGCUUCGUUUACGAACAUUUUACCUUGGACCACCUGUGACAACGACUGGAAUACAGAUUUCUGCCAACCGUUAACGAUAUGGUCAAAUGAUUCAAGCUUAAACUCAAUAGACAACGUUACAGUAUUAGCAAAUGAUUCCCGCUUAGCAUCUGCUUCUUCGGAGUACUGGUUACGUAGAGUGCUCGAAUUAAACCACAGCGAAGGUAUUCAUGAUUUAGGAUAUAUUAAAUGGGAUAUGGCAGGAUGUUUGUUUUUGGUUUACCUUAUAUGCUACUUUAGUUUAUGGAAAGGAAUAUCUACUUCAGGAAAAGUUGUUUGGUUUACUGCAUUGUUUCCAUACGUAGUAUUAAUUUUCUUACUCAUCAGAGGAAUCACUUUACCUGGUUCGGCACAAGGCGUUCGUUAUUACUUGUAUCCAAACUUUUCCAUGAUUGCUAAACCAGAGGUUUGGGUUGAUGCUGCUACACAAGUAUUCUUUUCACUAGGUCCUGGAUUUGGAGUAUUAUUAGCAUAUGCUUCAUAUAACAAAUAUCAUAACAACGUUUUGAGAGAUGCAUAUUUGGCAAUUAUGUGCAAUUCGAUCACCAGCUUUUUAUCCGGUUUCGUUAUUUUCACCGUCCUGGGUUAUAUGUCUCAUGUUUCUGGUCGACAAAUUCAACAUGUGGCAACCGAAGGACCUGGGCUAGUGUUUAUCGUUUAUCCUGCAGCCAUAGCAGCCAUGCCAGGAUCAGUGUUUUGGGCUUUGAUAUUCUUCAUGAUGUUACUCAACUUAGGUCUCGACAGUUCGUUUGGAGGAUCGGAAGCAAUCAUAACUGCGAUGAGUGACGAAUUUCCAUUGAUCCGACGCAAUCGGGAAGUGUUUGUGGCGUUAUUGUUUCUACUCUAUUUUGUGGUCGGUCUCGCAUCAUGUGCUCAAGGAGGAUUUUACUUCUUUAAUUUACUCGAUCGUUACGCCGCCGGUUACUCGAUGCUCAUCGCCGUGUUAUUUGAAACUAUUGCCGUAUCGUGGAUCUACGGUGUCGAUAGAUUUUGUGACGACAUCAAAGACAUGAUGGGCCAUAGUCCAGGCGUUUACUGGAGAUUCUGUUGGCGUUUUGCUGCUCCUCUGUUCUUAGUCUUUAUUAUAGUGUACGGUCUGUUGGGUUACGAACCGUUGACUUACGAAGGUUACGUGUAUCCGGCUUGGGCAAAUGUGCUCGGUUGGAUAAUCGCUGGCAGCAGUGUCGCAAUGAUUCCAGCAGUAGCCCUUUAUCAAUAUUUCAACACACCGGGAACGCAUUUACAAAGAAUGAAAAUUCUGACUACACCUUGGCGUGACGAACACGACGACGAUCCGAUUUCUAUAAACGGACUGCAUAUCCUCUCCGAUCCAGCGCAAGUGAGAUUGACCAGUCCCGUUGCAUCCGUAGACGUCUGA